UCAUAUAGAUUUCACUGAGGAUAAUUAUUUCUUACCCAUUUAGCUACUGUUGUCUUCUCAACUUCGGCUUCAUUGUUACUAAGCAAAACGUUAAAAAUGAGAACUUUUUCUAUUAUCGUAGCCUUAACGAGCGAAGGCGGUAUUGGAUAUAAUAACAGUAUACCAUGGAAGCUGAAGGGUGAUAUAAAAUUUUUUAAAGAGAAAACUUCUUCGACGCUGGACAAAACAAAGCGGAAUGCAGUAGUGAUGGGGAGGCAUACGUGGUUCUCCAUCCCUGAAAAGUUUCGACCCCUCCCCGGCCGAUUGAAUGUUAUUAUUAGCUCAACUCUCGAUUCCAACGAGUUGCCUUCUGAACACAGCGUGGUUUGCCGUGACUUUUCGUCCGCUUUAAAACUUCUAUCAACUGAUCCCUACUGCAUUCAAAUCGAAAAUGUUUUUGUUAUUGGGGGUUCUUUGCUUUAUAAGGAAGCGCUGGCGAUGCCACAGUGUACCGCUUUAUAUAUAACUAGAGUUUAUGGGAAGUUUCACUGUGACCGAUUUUUUCCCAGGAUUGACUUUUCACUUUUUAAACUGCCCCAAAGUUAUGAUAAUAGCAAAGAAAAUAGUAAUGCGCCAGCUGUACUGUUGAGAAGUUCAGAAGAUGGAGUCAACUAUGAAAUUUAUAAACUAAUUAGAGUUAAUAUUAAAAGAUAUUAAAAUUUUUAUGUUGCCUGGAAGACCACCCUAACGGAAAGUACGGCUAACUAGACCCGCAGCAAUACUUAUUAUUUUAAAAAAGCUUGUAGUGCCAACACCCCUGAGGUAAUCUGGUAACAACCACCGGAAAUCUUCUAGGCUUGCGCAAAAUCAAAAACAUAGAGCUUUUUAUAAGAUAAACAGACCUACAGGUAACUCUUGGCUAUAUUAUGU